AUGCCAGGGCCAAGACCUCGGAAGGGCCCUCAGGCCAGUGGUCAGGGUGUGGCAGUUGCCAAGCAGCUGGGGCUCUUUGUGGAGUUCAGCCCUGAGGACAUGCUGCUGGGGGUGGAGGAGACUGAAGACGAUGGGGACCUGGAGGCGGAGCUGCUGGCCCUCACUGGGGAAGCGGGGACCACGGGCAGGAAGCCAGCCCCCAAAGGGAAGGCCCCCUUGCCCAUGGCCCACAUCGAGAAGCUGGCAGCGGACUGUAUGCGGGAUGUGGAGGACGAGGAGGAGGAGGACGGGCUGGAGGAUGAUGCAGACUUGCUGACUGAGCUGCAAGAGGUCCUGGGUGCAGAUGGGGAAGCUGGGUCCCUGCAUGGCGAUGAGACAGCCGUCCUGGGUCGCUCUGAGGACGAAAAGGGGCAGGAAAACAUUGAGCCUCCAGUGCAGACACCCCUCCUAACAGCCUCAGUCCCGGCUCCUCAGGCUGGAGGGCCCCGGGCGCUGCAGGCUCUGCUGGAAGAUCGGAUCCGCAAUUACCGGGAGGCUGCGGCCAGCGCCAAGGAGGCAGGGGACGCAGCCAAGACCAGGCGCUGUGAGCGUGGCCUAAAGACCCUAGGGUCCCAGCUGGCCGCUGUGAGGAGAGGCAGGAAGAUCAAUGAGGAGGAGAUCCCUCCCCCAGUGGCCGUGGGCAAGAAAGCCCCGGCCCCUCAGGAAACAGCCAGCAGGAGCCCUGAGGCAGACCUUCCCGUUCCCCCCUCCACGCUGCCAGACAACCCUUCUCAGCCUGAGACAAGCGUGGGCGGCCCUGGCACCUCUGCCCCACCCGAUUCGGACCCAGACCCACGGGCCCUGUUGCUGGCCCGACAGAGAGACUACAAAGCGGCUGCCCUGAGUGCCAAGCGGGCUGGCGACCUAGACCGGGCCCGAGAGCUCAUGAGGAUUGGGAAGAGAUUCGGUGCCGUCCUGGAGGCCCUGGAGAAGGGGCAGCCUGUGGACCUGAGUGCCAUGCCCCCAGCACCGGAGGACCUGAAGGCCCUCACAGCACCCACAGUCACACCCCCAACAGUGGAGCGAGUGCAGCCAGUGAUGGCCCCUGACACCCCCGGCACCCCAGCGGCCCAUGCUGAGCCACAGACGGUGCUGGACGCCCUGCAGCAGAGGCUGAACAAGUACCGUGAGGCGGGCAGCCAGGCCCGGGCCGGUGGGGAUGAGCGCAAGGCCCGGAUGCACGAGCGCAUUGCCAAGCAAUAUCAAGAUGCCAUUCGAGCGCACCGAGCAGGACGCAGAGUUGAUUUUGCUGAGUUGCCUGUUCCUCCAGGAUUCCCGCCCAUCCCCGGCCUGGAGCCCGUUGCAGGCACUGAGGCGGAUGCAGUAGCAGCUGCUUUAGCAGCUGCCCAGAAACUGGCCUCUGAGGAAGCAGCCCCAGCAGAGGAAGAUGGGGAUGAGGAUGAGGGCGAGCCUCCAGCCCAGGCCCCAGCUUCUAAGAAGCCUCUGGUGUCUCCCGCCCGGCCCCUGCCUGAGCCCAGGGCCUCGAGUUCCAAGGAGUCCCUGAGCCCCUCUGUGCGGGAGCAGUUGGCACUGCUAGAGGCCCGCAAACUGCAGUACCAGCGGGCAGCCCUGCAGGCCAAGCGCGGCCAGGACCUGGAACAGGCCAAAGCUCGCCUGCGGCUGGCCAAACGCCUCGAGGCUCAGAUCACCCAGGUCCGAGCCGGCAGACCUGUGGACCUCGCCAAGGUGCCUUCACCCUUGACGGACGAGGAGGGUGACUUUAUCCUCAUUCACCAUGAAGACCUGCAGCUCUCCCAGAAGGCCGAGGAAGUGUACGCCCAGCUACACAAAAUGCUUCUGGAGCAACAUGAGAAGUGUCUGCUGUUCUCCAAGCAGUUCAUGCACCAGGGCAACGUGGCCGAGACCACCCGGUUCGAGAAGCUCGCUCAGGACCGCAAGAAGCAGCUCGAGAUCCUACAGCUGGCCCAGGCGCAGGGCCUUGACCCUCCUAGCCACCACUUUGAGUCAAAGACAUUCCAGACUGUGAGGAUCUUCUCGGAACUCAACAGCACAGAAAUGCAUCUGAUCAUUGUCCGGGGAAUGAACCUCCCAGCUCCUCCAGGGGUGACCCCUGAUGACUUGGAUGCUUUUGUGCGGUUUGAGUUCCACUACCCUAACUCGGACCAGGCUCAAAAAAGCAAAACAGCUGUGGUGAAGAACACAAACUCUCCAGAAUUUGAUCAGCUCUUCAAAUUAAACAUCAACCGAAACCACCGGGGCUUCAGAAGGGUGAUCCAAAGCAAAGGAAUCAAGUUUGAAAUCUUCCACAAAGGAUCCUUCUUCAGAAGUGACAAGCCGGUCGGCACAGCGCACCUGAAACUGGAGCGGCUGGAGAAUGAGUGUGAGAUCAGGGAGAUUUUGGAGGUCCUGGAUGGAAGGAAGCCCACUGGGGGCAAGCUGGAGGUGAAGGUGAGGCUGCGGGAGCCUCUGAGUGGCCAGGACAUACAGAUGGUCACCGAGAACUGGCUGGUCCUGGAGCCGAGGGGCCUGUGA